UAAAUUGAUAGUGCAAGAGUAGGUUUCUUAUCGUUUCUUUUUGUUAUCGAUUUAAAAUUAAAUAUAUUUAAAAAUAAAAUAAUAAAACUAAUACUUGGAUGAAAUAACAGAAAAAGAAAAAAAGGAAAUUACAUUGUAUAAAUCGCAAUAAACAUUUUCUUUCGCUCCUUGUUAUUUCAUCCUCAUUUCAUUUGUGAUUAUCGCAAAGAGUUCAAAUGUUAAUCCAUUGACACAACUUUCAGAAUAAAAAAAAAAAUCUAAUUUAAAAAAAUGUUAAUACUUUAAUAUUUUAUAUAAAAAGAUAAUAUUGUAUAUUUUUUGAUUAGAUAAAAUAAAGUUUAUAAUCAUUCUACGUACUUUUAAUUGCAAUUAUUACAUAGGAUCGGCUAUCAGUUGCGUAAUUAAACAUUCUAACAUCUGACAACAUUAAUUUUAAAUAAAACACGUAUUCAUCGAGCAUCGGCUCACAGUUAAAAACGGAUUAUACUAUCACGUGCAAGAUCUCUCUCAGUUCUAAUAUCUUCAAUUUUAAAAUUGAUUUUUGUUAAGUAUGCGUUAUAUAUAAAUAAACGAACGAAAUUAUUUUCAACAAUUUCUCAAGAUAUUUCUUUUCAUAUAUUUUUCAACAUCUAUCUGUACACGAGUAUAUUAUUUGACUAAGUAAUUUUAGAACGAAACGAGGGACAAUGACUGUACACGCUUCUACUUUCUCCGUUAAUACAUUGAUACAGUAUACGACAAGUAUUUUGCUCGUUCUAUCGACAAUAAGUAACGAUAUUUCGUCCGCCAAAAUUUGCAACGCAUCAUCGGAAAAUUGGCAAUCCCGAAUCGGUAUACUUAUUUCACCAAUAAUCUCGGGAUCAAUGAUGCGCGAAAUAGAAAUUUAUUGGAACAACGUCAAUAUUGAACCUGAGGAUAAAAUCUCGCUAUACGCGGAAGACUCUAAGGGAGUUCAACGUGAAAUUUACACCGUGGUUCCGAACGAUUCGAGCGGGAUUCAAAAAACUGGGGUGUUGGCCGAAUUUCUGCCCAGCGCAAAUCUUUCUUUCGUGUCCAAAUGUAUAAAGUAUGGAAUAAUAUGGAAAAGGAGGAGAGGAGACAUAAAAAAAAUCGAUUGUUUAAAAACAUAUCCAACGUGGAUGAAAGACAUGAGCGAUAUUCUCGGUCCUUUGAAGAUAAAGGAUAUAUUUUUACCCGGAACUCAUGAUUCCGCGGCUUACGACGUGAACGGGACUAUAACGAGCAUCAUUUCGAAAUUUGCCGUGACACAGGAUUUAGAUAUUCUUGGACAACUGAUACACGGUGUACGAUACUUGGACAUCAGAUUGGGCCACUAUCCCGACAACAGUGAGAUUUGGUGGACGAUCCACGGCCCAUUUUAUCGCUCGGUCCCGUUAAAGACCGUCAUUGAUCACGUGAAAAAUUUUCUCGACAAUACCGAGGAAAUCGUGAUAAUGGACAUACGUGAAUUCGCCGUUGGUUUCAAUAAUUAUUCCGAUCAUCGCGCGUUGGUAUCCCAUUUGGAAGACGAAUUUCGUGAUUACUAUCUGACACGGGGUAAUCAAGGAUGGGGCAUCACGUUGAACGAGAUCUGGUCUUCUGGAAAAAGAUUGAUAAUCGGUUACGAGGAUUCGAAAGUCGUGGCCAAUCACGCCAGUGUCUGGCCUUGUGUGACGCAUAAAUGGGGGAAUGUCAAGACCGUUGAAGACUUGUACAAAUAUUUGCAUAAAAUUGAAACCAACAAUAGGGACGGCAUUCUGAGACCCCGAUCUGCGAUGGCGGAAUUGACCCCGGAUCUUAACGAUAUUAUCUCGAAUAGAUUAGGUAAUCUUCGAGAUAUGGCGCAUAGGGUUAAUUUGAAUGUGACUAAUUGGUAUAGCACCAUUUGGCAGUACACUGCCAAUAUCGUAGCAACAGAUUUCGUCAGGGACACGGAUAUCGUUCGAGUUGCCAUUAAAUCUAACAAAAAUCGUUAUAUCUAUUGUAAGCACAAUAGUUUAAUUUGAUCGAUCGAUUGAUUAAUCGUUGAGAAGAGAAUUUAUUUUUAUAUUGAAUUUGUUUCGCAAUUGCUGUAAAUAAAUAUUGUAAAUAAUAUCGGUAAAUCUUUAGACGAGAGAUUUUUAUGAUCUAUAAAUAAUAUGUAUUCGAGCAAUAAAAUCUUUUAAAUAAGG